UAUCUGGGUAGCUGCAUAAGUGCUGGUGGGGGUGUGAGUGAUGAGAUCAAUGCACGUACAGUGAAAGCCAGAGCGGCUUAUGCCAAUCUGGGCCAUCUAUGGCGCCUUCGUGAUGUUAGUCUGGCCGUAAAGGUCGGAUCUACAACGCGUCGGUGAGAGCAGUUUUGCUCUAUGCUUGUGAAACCUGGCCUCUCCGAGUUGAGGACGUUAGACGACUCUCUGUGUUCGAUCAUCGCUGUCUCCGAAGGAUUGCUGACAUUCAGUGGCAACACCAUGUCAGUAAUGCAGAGGUUCGGCAUCGUGUGUUCGGGCACAGAGACGAUAAUUCAAUUGGUGUCACCAUCUUGAAACACCGACUUCGGUGGCUUGGGCAUGUUCUCCGAAUGUCGUUCCAGAGAAUUCCACGUCGUGCAAUAUUUGCCGACUCUGGGACUGGUUGGAAGAAGCGGAGAGGUGGUCAGUGCAUGACAUGGUGUCGUGGCAUGAAAGAAAGCUGCAAAGGACUGGCUUCUGUUGGUCCUUCACGACUCCCUGGUUGAGGUCUGAGAGAUGGUGCUACACAGUGGCUAGAGACGUUAUCAGAUAUGGCUCAGAAUAGAAGCCAGUGGCGAUCCUGCUGUAACCUUCUUUUACUUUCUUCAUAAAAAGUGGUUGUGUCUCCUUUACCUGAAAGAUUUCUUCUGAUUGUACCUUUUCGUUCCGUCGUUACUACCACACUACCUUACACCAAUCUCUUCGUUAUUGUUCUCUCUUUUUUUGUUGCGCUCCUUAGCUUUUUUUUCUUUGUAUUCCUCUCGAAUUUUCAUUGUUUUGUGUGGCGCAUAUAUAUUGGCGCUCUCUUGUACCAAUAUUCAUGUGUCCAAAUAAAUAAUAAAUAAAUAGGGAGUGAAGUGGUUGAGCGUGUCGACCGCUUCACCUAUCUUGGAAGUCUCAUCAGCCCUUGUGGUCUGAUGUGUGACGAAAUCUCAGCACGGAUACAGAAGGCUCGACUAGUUUUUGCCAACUUGCGUCAUUUAUGGCGUAGGCGAGAUAUCCGUCUAUCAAUCAAAGGACGUGUUCACUGCGCAGCAGUUCGUUCCGUCCUACUUUAUGGGAGUGAAACAUGGCCGGUAAGAGUAGAGGAUAUCCGUAGGUUACUAGUAUUUGAUCAUAGGUGUCUUCGAAACAUUGCUCAUAUAUCAUGGGACCAUCGAGUAAGUAACACAGUUGUUAGGAAACGGGUACUAGGUAAGGAUGGCAAAUCAAUUGAUGACGUAGUGAAACUUCAUCAGUUGAGAUGGCUGGGACACGUGUUACGUAUGGCCAACGACCGACUGCCUCGACGUGCGGUGUCCAGUGGUAUAGGAGUAGGUUGGAAGAAAGCUAGGGGCGGCCAGAUCAAAACAUGGCACAAGUCCAUGAAGUCAUUGACAAGUGGACUGAGUCAUGUUGGUAGUUGUAGACUACCUGGUUGGGGACCGCGAGAUGAUAGCAACUGAUGGUUAGAGACCCUGAAUGACAUGGUUCAAAAUCGUUUGCAAUGGCGCAGGUGCAUCUACUCUUUGUGUUCUCCCAAAUUCUAAUCUUCUGAGUUUGUCAUGUCCCUUCCUUCUUCUUCCCAAAUUUAUUUCACUGUAUUAUACUCCUUGAAUAGCAUCUUCAAACCCUAAUCUUCCCGAUUACUGCUUAUACUCUUACCACCUCUACCACUACGGGAUUUGGAUCGGCCACUACAUCUGUGUGAUAAUGUGAUGUGGCAACUUGAACUGAUAUACGUACGUACGAAGUUCUACGUUGUUACUGACUGACUGAAACUGACUUAUAAACCAGGUACUUGGUUAUGAGCCACACUUUAAGUGUAAAGCAUAGCAGCACCACACAGAUGACCGAAUCACAGUAGACGGACCUGGGUUCGAACCCGAAAACCAGUGGCUGAAGUUCGAACGCCAUCGCUCAACGAAACUAGUAAGAAUAACUAGGUUCUGCCAAUUCUCAAGUUUAAAACAGACAGGACAAACUAGUCAUAAAUCAUAAAGAACGGAAUUAUAUUUUGAUUUAGAUCAUGAAUCGAUCAAUGUUAGAUCGCUAUUAGAGACUUGGAAGCACUAGACGGCCGUUUCGUCCUAGUAUGAGACUAUUCAGUAGUCUGUGUCCACGAUCACGCAUGCGAGAUUCGAACACAGAACCUUCGGUCUCACGCGCGCGAACGCUUAGCCCAUAGACCACUGAGCCGGAAUCCGAUGGUGUUAAAGUCUAACUUCAACCAAUCUAUAAUAUGGUGUGGUCAUUUUUCACAGAUUAGCUACGCUGGUCACGGUUUCACCGUAGAACUCCGAGAAUUACCUCUGAGAGUUAAUCACUAGUGAGCAAAUGAAACUAUAUUUGUAGAAAUUUACUUAGAAAAAACUGCCAAGAGAUAAGGAUUUACUUUGACUUCAAUCGAUGAGAUUUUAACAAAUAUAUAUUUCAAUGUCUUACAUUAACUCAAACCUCAAAUAUUAUGAAACUAUUCAUUCAAAUUCAGACAAAAAUUCUUAUAAUCAAUCACAAAUUCACUUCAUUUAAACCUAUGAAACAAAAAACACUAAUUUUUUCAAACAAAAAAGUAGCUGCAUACAUCUACAUAAUAUACACGAUUAGACUAGAUUGAUGUUCUUUUUUAAUUGCAACCACCUGACAAGCUCCAUAAUCUCGAGUGGCGGAAUGGAAUAUGAACAUAUCUUAGAUUACCAGCUAACAUGUGAUCAUAUCUCUUGAUGUUUCCAGACCAAAGGUUCGGAGUGACUCUUCUAAGAAAACCAUUUACUUUGGUUUGGACACCCUAGUCCAUAUACAAUUAUAUGAUCAUCAAUGAAAGGCUUUUGCUUGCUCUCGCUACCUACAUAAACAACUAUUGCAGGUGUCUAAUUACACACAAAUUCAUUUUAUCCUUCCCCCUAUUAUCUAUGCCCACAUUAAUUUUCCAACUCUUUUCGCCUACGUUAAAAACUCUGUUCUAUGUAAAAAAAAAUCUUAAUUCAUUGACUAGUAGGAAGUUGAGCGCCACUACUGUACACGGAUUUUGAGUCAGCUUUUCCGAAACAAUAUGUGCCAUUUAAACUCAUCUUUUUCAACAUCCGCACACUAAUGCAGGUCGGAUAGAGUUGCUUUUUAAAAGUCUGAAUACCAAUGUCUGUUGUUUAUCUCAGACCCAUAUUCAAGGCUCCAGUGAAAUACUAAACAUUCAACCUCUAGAAAGCGCGUUCGACAGAUCUUGUAGUAAUUGCCGAUUUUAAUGUGCAGGUCGAGAGUCUAGACGCAGAAGAGAGUCUUUUGGGUGUCCAAUGAGGACCUGUUGGAAACAUAGCGGCGACUGUCUCCAGCAGCUUUGCGCAGAUACACGCCCAAACUAGAGCAUGAUUUGUGUCUAAAUAUGCGCUCUAAAAUGAACGAGUCUUUUACCGAGUGCCCUCCCAACGAUCGCUAAUGGCAAUGUGAUCUAUUUGAGUCCAUCGACGAGUCGAAUGUGGGGGUUGCCACGUCAGGACAUGUUUAUCCUUAUGUUCAAAGUUGCAACUUGCCAGAAAUAGAUUAUCAUAGUAUGGUUGCAACAGGUGGUUGACAUGUGUUUGCUGAUCUGUAACUCUGUAAGAUCCACUUAAAUGUCUUUCUGUUUGGUUUAGCUUACCUACUUGGGAAUUAAAAUCACCUGCUACUAUUACUACAUCACAUAGUCUAGGUUUUUGAAGGAAGUUGGAUAGCUUCCUAUAAAAUUUAUCUUUAACUUUAUUCAAGCUGCGAUCAGUGGGACGGUGGACAGAUACGAGUCCUUACUGUCCCGUUUAGUCGAACAUGGCACGAGCGACUGACUAUUGGAAUCUACUCUAACAGAGCCUGUUCUGCUUUUUGAUUAAUGCUAUACUUACACCAGCGACGCCAAGGGAAGCAUCAGUGGGGUUUCCAGAUACACAUAGUGUAAAUUUCCCCGGACAAGGUGAGGUCAAAUGAAAGACCGUACUUGGAUACUGUACGCAUGUUUCGGAGAUGCGGAAUAUGUUGGUGGCGCAAGAUUCUAGAGUCCUAGCUAAAAAUAACCUGUUGUCCUACUGGACACAAGGUUCGAGCAUUAAAAGCUCGAAAAUGUAGUUUAGAGCUUGGUUUCAGGAGACUAAGAAUAACAUUUCGUGAACUCAGAAUAUUGGCAUUGGUGGUGCGUGGUUAUAAUAAUAUAUGAGAAGGAUUAGUCGUGGGGGAUGGAAGAACUAUUAAGAGGUGAGGGAAGAAUUUGAUCAUCGACAUGAUCUUGGGUGCUGGUAAAUAUAUGAGGGCGGUUGUCACUUACUGGUUUCUCGCACCGUUGAAG